UUUCCAUUUCCGUUUUUGAUUUUUGUUUCUCUCCUUCCUUGUCUGUUAAUUCGCCCUCAAACUUUUUCUCUCUAUCAGUUCUGUCUCCAAUUUUCAAGGGAUCACGAAAUAUAGGGUUUUCUCCGUCUCCAGAAUUUGCUAUCUCCUGGAAUUCUUGUCUCAGCGUCAAUGAAGACAGGAAGAUCUUCUUUGAAUCCCUAUGCAGCAUCCUAUGUACCACUCUCGAAAAGAAGGGCUGCUGAUGAGGGAAAAAUUUUGAAUACAGCAAAAGAAUUACAGAAUGGAAGUGAGAUCAUACACUAUGGACAUCAACCUGACAAUAAGUUGACUCGUGGUCAGCAGCAAAAUGUUUCUCAAAACUAUGUACAUACUUCUGGUUCUCCUCAAACUGCCGAGUUUACAAAAUGGAAGGGUCAUCAUGCUGGUGAAUUCUAUGCUUCUUCGUCACAUUAUCCAAAUGAGAUACGGGAAAAAUCAAAUUUUGAUCAAGAAUUUAUGGACUUAGCAUACCUCCAGAUCAAUUUUCCUGGCAUAUCAGAGGAGUCACUUUCUGAUGUUUAUUUAGCCAACAAAUGUGACCUAGAUUCUGCAGUUGACAUGCUGAAUCAACUAGAAAUGAUCGAUUCAAGGAUGCUUCACUUUCUUUCCCAUGUUAAGAUCUACCCUGAUGAUUCAUCAGAUAAGCUUCCAGACACUUUAGACAUUGGUGAUGUGCCGGAAUCUGUGUCUUCUAGUGGGUUAGUAUCAUUGCAGGAACAAAGAAACUCGACAGCAAAAGCCGGAGCUUCAACAUCUGGUUCAUCCAAAUUCUCUUCUACAAGCUAAUCUGCUGAUAUUUCAGAUCAGCAUAUUGUAUGGGUUGGUUAUAUGCAACUUGUGGAUAUCUGUUAGUGUGAAAUGGAGAAAAUGUUAAGGAAGCUUGGCACCCAUCCAUACGGUUUCCUUGCCUUCUGUUGUACAGCUUAAAGCUGGUUUGUACUUCUCUCGUAUCAUGUUCCAUCCCAUGGGUUGAUAAGUCAACCAUUAUAUCGUCACGCCUACUGAAAUUUUCUUAUCUGAGAAUGAUAUGAAAUUGUUAAUAUCAUUUUACCAUCAUUGUUUUGUUGAUUGGAAUCAUUUGGCUA